GAGGGAAGAAGCAUGUCCCGUCUGUCUCUAACACGGUCCCCAGUUUCUCCUCUGGCUGCUCAAGGAAUUCCUCUCCCAGCUCAGCUCACCAAGUCGAAUGCUCCUGUGCACAUCGAUGUAGGAGGACACAUGUACACCAGCAGCCUGGCUACCCUGACCAAGUACCCAGACUCCAGAAUAAGUCGUCUGUUUAAUGGCACAGAACCUAUUGUCUUGGACAGUUUAAAACAACAUUAUUUCAUUGAUCGAGAUGGUGAAAUUUUCAGAUAUAUAUUAAGCUUCCUAAGGACAUCUAAGCUACUGCUCCCAGAAGACUUUAAGGACUUUAAUCUUUUAUAUGAAGAAGCAAAGUAUUACCAGCUGCAGCCAAUGAUUAAGGAACUUGAGCGAUGGAAACAAGAGAAAGAACAAAGGAAACAUUUCCAGCCUUGUGACUGCUUGGUUGUAAGAGUGACUCCAGAUCUGGGGGAAAGAAUUGCAUUGAGUGGGGAGAAGGCUUUGAUAGAAGAGAUCUUCCCUGAGACCGGGGACGUCAUGUGCAACUCCGUAAACGCAGGCUGGAACCAAGACCCUACCCACGUUAUUAGGUUUCCUUUGAACGGAUACUGCCGGUUGAAUUCAGUGCAGGUGCUCGAAAGAUUAUUUCAGAAGGGAUUUAACAUGGCAGCUUCCUGCGGUGGUGGGGUGGAUUCCUCUCAGUUCAGCGAAUACGUGCUGUGUCGUGAAGACAGACGACCACAACCUACUCCAACGAUCAGAAUAAAACAGGAGCCCCUGGACUAGACCCUACCUGUACUCCUUUGUAACCAUAGAAGUGUUUAAUAGUCCCUUAUGUGAAACACUAAGGAUUUGCAAAACAGUAUUAGCAAACAGAUUUUGACUUUACGUUGCCAAUUAGUGGUAUUCUGAAACUACCUGUCACAUAGCCAGCCAUGAAAUGCAUUUGAAAAACCAGUUGUCCGUUUUCCACGAUGAAAUUACUGAGCACGCUCAGCAUACGAGGCUUGGUGGGAACGUACUUUGAGCUGAACAGCUGCGGUGGUGGAAAAGGCAAAGCUUCGUACAACCCUGACCCCAGAAUGGACUUCUGCAGAAAGGGCAAUUAAAGCAAUUUGAAUCAAUCAGCAGGAGGAGCCAUUCCGACAGCCUUCCCAACGAUACCCAGACAUGCGACGUGCGGAAGCGCGGUCUCCGAGAGGAAGAUGGUACGUUAAAAACUGCACUGAGUUCCCUCCCGGGCUGCCACACCUCCUCAUAUCAGAUGUGCUUUACACUCCGUACAUUACAUUACACUUCUGUGAUUGUACUCAUUCAUGCUAGCAAAUGGCUUAUUUUUAUACAACAUUUCCAACUGAAACAUCUUUCUGUGGACAGAAUCUAGAAUCAGAAAAGGACCGAUUUAUGGUCAACUGGUGCUCAGUACUGAAAAAGAAGCAAAUAGACCAAACAAAAAAAAGCAACAAAAAAUUGACGAGGCCAAUGACGGCAAUACAUGCAAAAGUAGGGAUUUGGAAGCACAACAUAAAACUCCAUCAAACAAGGGCCACAUACCUAUGGUGGAGCUGUAGCUCUCUCGAAGCCAGUCGCGUUUUGACUCAGAAACUAAGUUUUGCAUCAUCGGAGAAUGAUGGUUCUGCCAGUGAGCUCUGCCGCCUCUUGUUCUUCAUUUAUGAACCGUGUUUAGGGGGACAGCCUACUCUUCAUGGGUCUGGAAUUUUUGCAAAAAGAUGUUAAAACCCUCUACCUUCCAUUGUCCGAUGAAAGCAGGCCAUGGUUUGUCGAGAUUGUUUUUCCUCUAUUAUUUUAAACUAUUAUUAAAAUACCAAUUGUGUAUCUGCCCUCUAUCUGUUUAAUUUUCUCUUUAAACAAGCCCACUGUCUGUAGGACGUUACUGUUCCUUCCACGAAUCAGUAUCGACUCUCUGACUUACAGGGCUUCCUAACUCAGGAGACAGCACCACGUUUGCAGGUGCAAGGUUAUAAAUAGCAUUCUGCUAAAUCCUCUUUAUUGCUGUUUAGCAUGAUUGGGUCCUCAGUAACUAAUUCACGUGUUAAUCACAAUUUAGUUUCUCCCACAUUCAUUUAUAGAAUACCCUUGUAGAUGCUGAAUUCUAAUUAAACUUUUUCGAUGCAUAAAUACAGCCAUACGUAACAGUAUUUGAUGGUUAACAAUUCUUUAAUGCCAAAAGGUUGCAAUCAGGCAAAAUAAAGAUUCAAGUUUAAGACUGAUAUGUUGGAAGUGACGAGCUGUACUAAAUAUGCAAGUUACAACCUCGGCAGAGGUCUGGUUUUUGGAUAAAUGUGGGAUGCCCAUCUAUGGAAAAUCAGACCUCUGCAGGUUUUUUCACCCUGGUUACCCAAACCAGAAAUCCCUUAGGAAAUUCUUAGCCUAUACAUAAUGGCCUGCUAACUUAGCAAAACAGUUGAGCAAAUCUGUCUACUUCAAAAGAGUUGUAAAGUUAUUUUAUUUUGUGGUUUUAUACUUGUAUGACACUCUAAAGUUCCUAGGCAUUGCCAUAUUUGAAUAUAUGGCACAACAUUCACCUUUGUAUGUAAGAUAUCUGUAGAAUUGUAUAUUAUACAUUUAAUAUUGUAAAGAACUUAACGUAUAAUUGUCAUGUAUUUGUGUAUGCACAUUUCUUAUACAGUACUCCAUGCCAUAAACAUUUCUGUAAAGUAAAUGAUCCAAAAUAAGCAA